AUGACUUCCGUAAGAAAUACAGGUAAAUAAAUAAGAAUUAUGAAGAACCUCAUUCAUUAACUCUACAAUGGGUUAGGCUUUUACUGGGCUAAUCCACUCUUUGAAUCAUAAGUUGACAACUAGUCGCUGGUAUUUGAGUACAAGCUGUCACCAGAUGUGAUGCAGGCAUUACAUUGAAGGAACCUACAAAUAACAUACAGCAAUAGAGGAGUGCCAUGUCUGUGGAAAUUGACCAGACAACAUGUGAGGAACAUAGCCUCGCAUCACCUCUCAAAAUUCUCAACAGAGGACCAGAGUACUUCAAAAUGAGGAUGUUAGAGAGAGAUUCAGGUCUUUUGGGCGGGAGGAGGAAGAGUGCGGUUGAGCUGCUAGAGGCUUCGAAACAUCAAUACGUGAAGUCAUCCACGGUUCUCCAGAGCAGACAGAGACUUAGCAAUAGUGAAAACUUACAGGUCGGGAACAGACAUGCAAGGGGAGUUUACAACUUACAAUAUACACAUAACCAGGACAACAACGCCCUAAACACAAUACAGAGAAACAGAAGAGAGAGUCAUUCCAACUCUAUUGACACCAAUGAUAAUAACAAUACACACAGUUCAGAUGUUGAUGACACAGAUGGUGUAGAUCACCAUAGUGCAUAUCUAGAUGACAUUGAACCAACAGAACAAUCAGAAAUGUCUCAGCAGCAGAGCUCUGAUUCGCGUUAUAAUUUGCAAGUUGGAUUAUUGAAGCGCCCCAUAUACAGUAGCGAAGGGAGGAUAAAUCGUAUCGAUUUAGUUCGGGAUUUGGACACAAGAGUGACAUGGCGUGACAGUCACACUGAUACAGCCUCUGAAACAGACAGCUUCAAAGGCGAUGUACAAACUGAUUCAGCCAGCAAAACUGAUGAUGUCAUAGUACGUCGACGUCCCAAAACAUCGAAUAUCAUACGUUCCAGAUCUGAUCUUAGUCACCGCCAUUCCCAUAACAGUUGUGAUCUCUCAGAGGGGAGUUCGAAGAUCUCACGAAAUAGCGCUGAUCUUGAUAAAUUCUUUAAUGAAAUGGGACUCGAUAGAAGGGUACUUGACCCAAUGUUAGGAGGAAAAUUGGAUAAGAUUGAAUGCGUGGAAAGUAUGAGUUCAUUAAACUCGCGUUGUGCUCGAAGCCAAUGUAGCGAUGUUAGUGAGUCUAAAUUGAGUGAUAAUGUAUUAGCUCUACCAGAAGAGGCGACCUCAGCGACACCAGAACGUAGAAGUUCCUGCCACACAUCAAUUAUAGAGAAAAAUGCUCGUAUUAUAAAAUGGCUAUGUAGUGUUAAAAAGGCUAGAUCUCAUAGUACAUCAAACUAAAGGGAUAAGCUUGUAGCUAGUUCCCCGCAGGGACAACUGCUGGAGUAAAAGAGGCUGAAAACUGUUAUUCCCUUGUUGCACACAAAAUACUGGCAUCAAAUUAUUCUUACAGUGCAGUCUGGCAAUUCUGAUCCUAUGAAGUAAAUGAUAUUGAUUAUUUUCCUAUUUCCAAUGAAACAAACAGUAUCAUUAAUUGAAAUGUAUUACUUCAGUGCCAAACUUUUCUAAAGUUAACUGUUCGAUAUUAAGAAGUAACAAAUCAUUGUAUGGUUAUGUCUCUUUUUCCAUAUUUUAGUACCCUAACCAGUGAAAGGAUAGGGAUAAAGAGAAGUCAUUUAUUCAUUUGCUUAUCCAUUGUUUAUAUGUCCAUCCUUCUAAUGGAGAAAUUAAUCAAGUGCUUGUUCUCUGAUUUGACUUUGAUUUAUAGGACGGUGCAUGGGCAAAGCAUAUCUGGUACAUGGAGAAAGAAUUUUCAAAAAGCUGGUGUAUUUGCCUUUGCAAUGAAACCUGUAAAGUGGAACACCUCUAGAAGUGGAACGCCUUUGUGAAACACU